AUGGAUUUUGUCUUUGACACCUAUGAGGAUUACAGCGGCGACUCCCCGACCGGCUCGCUGCCUGUGCCGUCUGCGCCUCUCAAAAUACCCAAUAUCCCGCUUCAAGGAGACUUAACCCGCAAAUUCUCGAAUUUGAGCAUUUUAAAUCACAUUAAGCCAAAAAAUAAAGACAAGCAUCAAAACGAGGACACAGCCGCGUUCCGUUAUGCCAAAACUUCCCUAGACCUGCUCAACGCAAACAAUGCGUCUUUGGUUCCUUUGGAGCCUACGGCGGAAACUACAGAUUCUAAUGUGCUUGCGGGGCGCUUGAGUCGAGUUCUAAAUCAGUCCAACUUUGAUUCAACUAUCCGUCAGUCGCUUGUAUUGUUACAAUCGCGAACCGAAGAGCGUGAUGCAUCAGCCGAUGGAGAUAUUGAUUACAAACACCUAACCAGCCCGAAUAUGCUGGGAUCCAUUGCUCGACGGAAAUUACGAGGCGACGUGGAAAGCGAGCUUCUGCGUCAGCACUUUCAGUCGCUGAAAAAGUUCCAUCUGGUGGUCAAGAAACUGAACGUGAUUAAGCAGGACCUGGAUGAUUUGAAUUCCUGUUAUGAGGAAAUCGACGGUAAAUUGAGCGAGAGUCUGCAGGAUACGGCUGAUUACAAAAAAGAAGUUAAAGAAUUAAUUCAAAAACGCGACUUGGUGAAAAUUAAAAAGAGUUUGUUGGCAGCAUUUCGCUCCAACUUCUCUUUGAGUGCAUAUGAGGAACACGUUCUACACAAUGGGGAUGUUGACCAAGAGUUUUUCAACGUUGUUCAGAAAGUUGAGAGAAUAUACGCGAAUUGCGACAUCCUGCUCAGUAUGAAUAAUGACAAGCUGGGGAUCAGCAUUAUGAACCAAAUGUCGAGUCAUCUUCAACACGCCAAUGAAAGAAUAUCUAAUUUUCUGCGCAAGAAUCUCAAUUCGAUUUAUGUUCAAAACGAUUUCGCAAAAAACCCAGAUUCCAUUGCAAAUUUCCAGCGUGCACUUGUGUCUGUUCUUUCGAGAAAUAAAGACGAGUUUGACUCCAUUGUGAGUGACAUUAUCGAAAACAGGUCGCGGAUUGUUAGCGAGGAGUUCAUGUCGCAAUUGAACGGCUACUCGGACGAAAUCCGCUCGAAACCUAAAAAAUCAUUUUUAAUGUCAUCGUAUGACUCGAAAAGAUAUCUGAGCGAUGUGCUGGCUUAUCUGCACAGUGUCAUUGCAAAUGAACUAGAAAUGGUUGAAAGCUUGUUUACAUUUGAUCAAGAGGUGUCAGCAGACCUGUUACCAGUGAUUCGCACGGUGGUUAAUAAGGUGCUCGGCUCUUUGAGUCGGCCAUUCAAAAGCAGUUACGAAACUAUCCUGAGACAAGAAACAAAGCCAAGAGUUGUUGUUGAGCUCUAUCAGCUUCUAGGUCUUUACAAGCAUAUGUUUGAGAAGUUGACUCGAGACAACAGUCUGAUUGAAAGCUUGACACAAUUGCAGAAAGAUUCAUUCAAGAAGCUGUUAAUACUCCUAUCCUUAAAAAUGAAAGAAAUCAAGGUUGAGUCAGAAGUGGAAGAAAUUGACGAGGAAGUCCUUGGUCUGCCGGACUGGCUAAUGGACUUUUACUCAGAAUUCCUGGGCAUAUUUGAUUACCACAGCAAUACAGACAAAACAUUUUUGAACGUUGAUAAAUCAGAGGAGAACGAACUGUUCAGACUUUUGGUAGAUGAGCCGCUCGAGUUGCUUAAUACAAUAUCAAGAAAGCUGAAAUUCUCCAAAAAGUCCAAGAAAAUCUUCAUCAUCAAUUGUCUAGAUUUCAUGCUCUCCAAAAUCGAGUUGAUCUCGCUGCUAUCUUCCAAGGCUGCAUUCAUCCAGGAAAUGCUUGAGCAGACAGUUCAAUCACUCAUAAUCGACGAGUUCAACCAGCUGCUCCAUAAUUCGGGACUCUUCGAUAUCUACAAUCUUGUGAACAUGAUCUACAAGCUUGAGGAUGAUUUCUUCGACGUCUCAUUGUACGAGCCAAUCACGGAAAACAAGCUUUUCAAUGUUGCCACAUUCCAGCAAGCAGAUCUGAAGCUUCAAGAGUUUUUGAUUGGAUAUCUUGUUUCGAACGAGCUGAACAAAUUGAUCUCCCCAACAAUCCUCAAUACCAUAUUCAUCAACUCGACCCUCAAGUUCGUCAAAUUUUAUCGCAAACUCCUACUCAUCGUGGGUGAGUAUCUGAAGGAUGAGAAUGAUCAACCUAUCAACGUGUUCCGCUGGGAUGAUGUUCAUGUCGCUACACUACUGGGUGUUGAAGAACCAUACGAGCGUGAACAAGACAUAUUUGACUAG